ACAUUUUCCGAAACUUUAUUUUUAGAAUAUUCACCCAAACCCGACGGAUGGAGCUCAGUUAUGCUUUGAUAGCCGUACGGAAACGUUGUGUCUUGAGUCUUGUCUGAGUCGGAUCGCUUCUUCGACUUAAGCCUCGCGCGCGUGUGCAUUUCUUAUUGGGUCUUUUCCUUUCCUCACUCUCUCGCACUCUCUUACUGACUUUCAACGAGGAGUUGAAGUUCGCCAUCAUCGGUGUCGUCGAUCGGUCCAGAGGCUGAGAGGAGCACGUUUGCCGUCUUUUGGUGAAGUUUUGCUGUUUUUUUUCUGCAAAAGUAUCGAUAUCUGGAUUUUUCGGUACGCGUCCAGAGAGCUGCUAUCUCUGACUUACUUCGCCGGACUUCUUUUUCGCUGGUUUUUUUUCGGUGGUGUGUGCAAUUUUAUCUACACAUGAAGUAAGUUGAUAUUACGAUAGUGUUCAAAACGCAAAAAAAAACGCGUUCUGGCGCUAAUUUAAUUCGCCAUACACGUAUCGCAAUUUCGGUAAUGUGUUUUAGUAGCGAUCCGGCGAUAAUUAAGUAUCGAAAAAAAGUGGCUCAAACUGUGGCUUAAACUGUGUGAGUGUGGUUAGUUAGUCAGAAGACACCGAAAAACGCGCUUCGUGGAACGCGUUUUUACUAGCGGAAAGCGGUAGAGACUGAAGCACAAAAAUUAGCAUAUUAGUGGCUGUUCGCGGUUCGCGGUUCGCGGUGGCUUAAUAUCCGAAAAAACAUAUUGGGCCUUUCCGCAAGCGUGCGCCUCAGCGCCUGUUAGUUAACUAGUUAGUGACGUGUGAAGUUUGUCCGAAAAGCUAAAAACUGCGUGAUAAACGUCGUCAUCAAAAGCGCCGGUCGUCGCGUACGGCGCACAUGUGUUUAUCAUCGACAGCUCAAAAGAUUCAUUCAUAAAGCAGACACCACAUCCUCAAAGCCGUCCCGUCAUAAUUGGAUAAUCCCGGCUGAAAGUGGGAGCCACCGCUGAGAAAAGCUUGAAAGAGAUAUGCCACCACAAAACACAAUCGAGAUGAGCACGAAACCGGACGCAGAAAAUGGCACCAAGAAGGUUCAAAAUGGUAACACAAACAACAAACUGCAGCUGAUGAAGGAAGAACCGCCGACGACAUCGGUGAUCGUUCCCCCCGACGGAGGCUGGGGCUGGCUGGUGAUGAUCGCGUCGUUCCUCUGCAACACCGUGGUGGACGGCAUCGUGUUCAGCGCCGGUAUGUUCCAGGAUCCGAUCCGGUUGGACUUUGGCGUCGGGAAAGCGGAGGUCGCCCUGGUAAGUUCGUUACUCAGCGGAUUUUACUUGCUCACGGGGCCAUUCGUCAGCGCUCUGGCGAACCGAUGGGGAUUCCGACCCGUCACGAUUUUGGGCGCGGUGAUAGCAUCGAUCGGCUUCGGCUUAUCUUACUACGGAACCAGCUUGAACUACUUGUACGUCACAUAUGGCAUAAUCGGUGGCAUUGGUUUCUGCUUCAUCUACGUACCAUCGGUGAUUACGGUCGGGUACUACUUCGAAAAAUGGCGUGCGCUGGCCACUGGAAUUGCCCUGUGUGGUUCGGGCGUGGGAACCUUUGUGUUCGCUCCACUAAGUGCGAUGCUUAUCGAAAAGUUCGGAUGGAGAGGCGCGUUGCUGGCUCAAGCUGCAAUUAUUCUCCUGUGUGCACUGUUCGGAUGCAUUUUCCGACCCAUUCAACCGAUUCAGGUUACCGUAACUAAAGAUGAAGAUACACCAGCUGAGAAGGGAACCCUACUUGGAGAAGGACUGCCAAUUGUCUACACUAAGCCAUUGCCUGAAGGACGGUUUGCGUACUCGGUGCCCAACAGCUCUCACAGCACGUGGAUGGGCGUCAGUCCCAAUACUCAAUACCCAACUGCUGCAGAAGUAUUCCGCGGCAGUGGACACAAUCUGGAAAGAAGACCAUCUGGCCACUCUGGCUUGCUCACGAAUGAGAACAUCCAACAUACGACGAAAAAAUUGGAACAACUUUCCAAAAUUCAAAAGCGACUCUCAGGACAAAUGACCCCGGAAGACACUAUCCACGCCCCACGGUUCCCACUUCCUCAUCACGAGUUGAACACUGUAGGAGAGGCCGCCGAAGAAGAAGAGACUGAAAACGGAACCCUGUUGACUGGAGAGGUGAAACCCGUACCCGUGGUCUCCACUCCAUCCUCCAGACAACGAAGCCACACCGUUUCCGGACGUAGACCAGGUGAGGGCGGAUCUCGGCAAGGAAGCCGUCGAGGAACACUGACUGAUGCUACUCGUCCCUUGUACCGAGAUGACAUCUUCUUCACCGGAUCGUUGGUACGAAUUCCUCAGUAUCAAUCACAGACAUCACUUGGAUACCACAUGUCCGUCACACGUCUGCCCACUCAAACCGACGUCGAGGAAAUCGAAGAGCAACAAUGCAAAAUAUGCCCGGAAGCUGUCAGGCGAACGCUUGCCACUAUGUUGGAUAUGACCCUACUCAAAUCGCCGUCCUUCAUGCUGCUUGCCAUCAGUGGGUUCUUCACCAUGAUGGGAUUCUUCGUUCCGUUCAUGUACAUCACUCAGCGAGCGACCACCGGAGGAAUGGAUCAAAAUGUGGCAUUAUUCAUCGUUUCUGCUAUUGGUAUUUCCAACACUAUUGCUAGGAUCGUGUGCGGUUUCUUGAGUUCUUUUAAAAGCGUCAAUGCACUGUGGAUUAACAACGUUGCCAUCACCAUGGGCGGCAUUGCCACCAUGCUCAGCGGAUUGUACAUCACGGAGGCGUUCCAGUUCACCUAUGCAGGAAUUUUCGGAAUCGCUAUUGCAUGUUUCUCCGCUCUUCGUUCGAUUCUGGUGGUGGAUCUGAUGGGCUUGGAAAAGCUCACCAACGCGUUCGGAAUUCUUUGCUUGUUCCAGGGAAUGGCGGCGGCUAUUGGUGCACCCAUUGCAGGCUUCUUUACCGACUUGACGGGCAGCUACAACGUGUCGUUCUACAUUAGCGGUGCAUUGAUUACGAUUUCGGCCGUUUUGUGCUAUCCACUGAACAUGGUAAACAGGUGGGAAAGGAAACGAGCACUCAAAAAGCCUGGACCAGUGUAGGGACUUUGAAUAGGAGUUCGAAUGGGAGUUCAGCCAUAGGGCCGCUGAUGUCUGAAGUACUUACCGAAUAGAACAAGAAUAUCACUUCUACAGAAUCCAGAAGAGCACACACACACACCACAGACGACUACAAAAUAACUCUUGGCAUAGAGUUUACACAAAUACCCAACCCAUUGAGUUGAAAUUUUUAAUAUUGUAAAAAUCCCAUACAUACACGCACACUUUUACUCCUAUGAAGCCUGUCGCAUAAAGUUUAAUUUAAAGUACAUACUUGCUAGGUUAGAGCUAAGGUAAGGUGCUAUUCCAUCCACGCACUGAAAACAAAUGAGACUCAUGCUUCGUGUCUGUCAAACCAGGUGCAGAACAUAUUAUAGUUUGAGAUUUUCCUAUUUAUUUUUUGUUGAAUCAAAAACGAAUCAGUACCCUGCGCUUAAAAAGUAAUAUCCAAACUAGUGCCAUACGUAUGGAUGGCGUGUUGCAUGCAAAUAAUUCAUAUAUUUACAUACAUAAGACUUCAGUGUUAGCUUUGUUACAUAAUAAUCCUUGAGAAAAAAAAAUGCUUUUACAUACAUAACUUUUGGAAAAAGUUCCUAUCCCACAUAAACAAUCAUCAGAAAAAGAAUUGGUUUGAACAAUGUUUGAUUGGACAAUCGGAAAGUAUAAAACAUUAAAACCGAAAACUUCAGAAAAGUACCAAACAUGUCGAAAAACUGAAAACGGUUGACUUGAGCUAUAUUAUUUUUUCACUUUCUUGCUCAAAAUUUCAGUAACUUAACUUUUUUUAUGAUUAUCCAACGGUCAUGUUUUAUUUCUUUUCUUAUCUUAAAAAUAUUUUAUUUAGGAAAAU